GGAUGUAGGGUGACGGAUGUAGCGGAUGGUCUCGGAGCUUCUGUGGUGGAUGUAGCAGUAAGUAUAGAGUGAAGAAACCAUGGACAAGCAGUAUGAUUCCAUUGGCACCCCAACUUGCAAUGGAAUUUCAACUCGGGAGAAGAAAAUCAGCUCCUUAGUGGCUGAAGGCCAUGGCCAGCAAAUCUUAAAUGUACUGCAAAGCUUCAGGGAUCAAAACAUAUUUUUUGACUUUAAAAUACUUGUGAAAGAUGAAACGAUCCCUUGUCACCGUUGUGUACUCGCCGCAUGUAGUGACUUUUUCAGAGCCAUGUUUGAAGUUAACAUGAAAGAGAGAGAUGAUGGGAGUGUUACUAUUAGUAAUUUGUCACCCAAGGCAGUGAAGGCUUUUCUAGAUUAUGCCUACACUGGAAGAACUGAGAUAACAAAUGAUAAUGUAGAAAUGUUCUUUCAGCUAUCAUCGUUUCUUCAAGUUUCACUUCUUUCAAAAGCUUGCAGUGACUUUCUGAUUAAGAACAUUGAUCUUGUCAAUUGUUUGCAACUAUUAUCUAUUUCUGAAAGUUACGGCUCCACUCAGUUGUUUGAUCAUACACUUGAGUAUGCGCAGAGCCAUUUUUCCUUGCUGCUCCAAUCAAAUGAUUUCCUGGAAAUGAAUUCUGAGAUAUUGCAAAAAUGUCUACAAACCGAUGAGUUGAAUGUCCCAGAUGAAGAGUCUGUGUUGAAAGCUGUCUUUUGGUGGACAAAGCACAACUUGGAAACAAGGAAGAAGCAUCUUCCUCACUUGAUGAAAAAAGUAAGGCUACAUCAGUUGUCUGAGAAGACACUCCGGGACAUCUUGCACUCUGAAGAACAGUUACUUGAAAGCACUGGCUGCUUAGUGAUAAUCAAUGAGGCAAUUAAAAAUGUGCAAACGUUCAGUGGGCUGUUUCCGGACGCUCGUCCUUCAACAACAGAGAAGUACAUACUGGUUCACAAAACUGAAGAAAAUGGAACACAUCGUCAUACAUUUUGUUAUAACAUUAAAACUGAUCGAUGGAGAGAACUGACACACACACACAUAAUUGACCUGCCAGGAUCAAGUUUAUCUAGCUAUGGUGAAAAAGUAUUUAUAACGGGGGGAUGUGAAGGGAACUGUUUCCGGACUAUUAGACUUCAUAUUGCCGAAACAUUUCACAAUGCCACUGACCAAACUUGGUGUUACUGUCCAGCCAAUGAUAGCUUCUCAUCAGUAUCAGCCAUGAAGAAGCCAAGGACAAUGCAUACAUCUGUUGUGACCCUAAAUCAAUUGUUCGUGAUAGGAGGGAAGACAAGGGCAUCUCAGGGUAUCAAAAGUCUUUUGGAUGUGGAGGCAUAUAGUCCUCUGUCUAGAGAAUGGAAAUCUGUGAGUCCGUUACCAAGAGGUAUCUAUUAUCCAGAAGCGAGUGCAUGUCAGAAUAUAAUUUAUGUACUUGGUUCUGAAGUAGAAAUUACUGAUGCCUUUAAUCCAUCUCUGGAUUGUUUCUUUAAAUAUAAUGCUGCAACUGAUCAGUGGUCUGAGCUGGUAGCAGAAUUUGGGCAAUUCUUUCACGCAACCUUAAUCAAAGCUGUUCCAGUGAACUGCACAUUGUACAUCUGUGACCUUUCUACCUAUAAGGUUUAUAGUUUUUGCCCAGAGACAUGUGUCUGGAAAGGGGAAGGCUCUUUUGAAUGUGCUGGUUUUAAUGCAGGAGCAGUUGGAAUAGAAGAUAAAAUUUACAUCCUUGGUGGAGAUUAUGCCCCUGAUGAAAUCACUGAUGAGGUGCAAGUCUACCAUAGCAGUAGGUCUGAAUGGGAAGAGGUUUCACCCAUGCCAAAAGCCCUAACUGAGUUCUAUUGUCAGGUGAUUCAAUUUAAUAAAUACAGGGACCCAUGGUUGCAAUAGCAAUGUGAUCGUGUCAGUUAUAAGCAACGACACGUUUUAAAGAUGUAUCUGAUUUAAUCUGAGUGAGGGAAACCAAACAAUACUGGCACAAUCCACCCAACAUGGUUUCCAUCUGCUUUUCAUUUCAACGAAGAAGCAAGGCUUGGUAAAUUGCACCCAUAGUUACAAUACAU